AGGUCGUUUGAUGGAUGAAAAGUGUAAAGAAAAGAAAAUGAAUGAUUCAGAAUCCUUUACAGAUUAUUGAAGGCUCACAAACAAGGUGUCCUUCACCGUGAAACUCCUCUGCACGCAAUACACCACGAUCUGCUCUCAAGCAUUAUUAUUAUUCUUCAUUGAACAUGCGUGCUCUCCGCAAGAAGAGCACCACGCAAGUGAUCCACCGAGCACAUGCACUGCCCCAGUUCCCUUUCCGAGGUGCUACUGCGGUCGUCAGCCGACUCACUACCCCGCGCCAUCGCGCACCGCCGCUGCGGACGCUCUGCUCCACCGCUCUCGACGGUUUCGAUUCGGCGGAAGGGGCUUUGUUUUGUCGCGCCGCUGAAGGCCUCCACCUGCGGCAUCAGCUGCCAUUUGUACUCUCUCGCGUAGCCGCGUCGAGCGCUAUUGAGACGCUUCGUGUCAAGAGCGACGAAGCGCACGGGGAGAGAGGCAGAGUUGUGUUUACCGGAAGUCGGCGAAGCGCCCGCGCUCUUCAUGGAUGUGAACUCAGCCUCUCCCACGAGGACUGCGUGGCAGCUGCGGUGGCGUGGGCACCCGAUGCGUGUUCGGCUUCUUCCGGCAGCACUACUCCGCCCCGCUCCGACGUUGCGCGAGGUGAUGCGUGCGCCAGCAGCGUCUCUCAAGAAAGCAACGUACACAAUGGCGGCAGAAUUGUAUGCGCGAUUGACGUGUGUCCGGUGGCGGAGGUGCACCGCGUGCGACGUCGCUUUCCGCAGCUCGGGCGGCGAUGGAUGCCGCAGUGCGUCACCGAUGCGAGCGCUUCUGCUGUAUCGACAUCGCUGCGCGCCGCUGAAAAGAACUGGCCCGAGCAGACCAUAAACACCGACACGACCGACUUUCGCAACGCAUUGCAUGUGGGAAGUGAUGUUGUGGACGCGCAGUCGCGACGGCGUGACUGGUGGCGUCUCUUACCGCGCAUGUGCACCAGCGAGCGAGAAGCGUACACGUCUCUUGUGCUGGCGCAGCACUGGGGAGCGCGGGAGUGCGUCAUAAAGCUGCUUGGCAUCUCAGGGCGUUCGUUUUCUUAUGCGUGUGUGCACCACCAUCCACAGACCGCAGCGGGGGAGUCGUGCUCUUCUGCCCUUCCCUUCACGACUGCUUUCCUGCAUCCGCACACGCUUUAUCGGGGAAUGGUUGGCGGAUCAGAGCAGGCACUGUGGCAGCGUGAAGGGCUGGACCCGACGGUUCACUUUUACUCAUGGGUGGAGUGGUGCCCUCACAGUGCCACCGCCGACAUGCCGUAUGCGGUUGUUGUGGGGUGCUGCUCAGCUCAUUAUUGUGCACCCUGCCGUUAA